UAGCGGUAAACCUCUCGAGACCAAAACCGGAACUUCCGCCUUUAGUUAAAAUACCUUUGCACUCGAAAACAAUUACAAAUUCUUCAGAUUUUGUAAAUACUAAAAGAAAUGUACAAGCUGAAUGUGUCGUGAGAAACGCAUACCGGUAUGGGAAACCACGGGUCCAGCCAAGGUGGAAAAGGGCUGAUAGGAGAGCUAGCAGGUCUGUACCAACCAGCCUCACCCCUCAAGUUCCAUCUGAUCUGUGGCGACAAUGUGGAACUCAAUUCAGACGCCAGCAUUGCCAAGCGAGGCGACAGCUUCUGCAAAGCUAUAUGCUUCAGUAAUCGACCAAUUGCCAUCAACGAAAAAGUGUACAUCAAAUUUGCAGAGACAUCAAGUAGUUGGAGUGGUGUACUUCGGUUUGGAUUUACAAACAUUGACCCUGGAAGUUUGCGAGGGUCAGAUCUUCCACGUUAUGCUUGUCCAGACAUGACGAACAAACAGGGAAACUGGGCGAAGGCAUUGGCGGAAAGAUACGCUACACCAAAUAAUACCUUACACUUCUAUGUGACUCGUAAUGGUGAUGUGUUUUAUGGUGUGAAUGGAGAAGACGUAGGAUUAUUCUUCACAGGAGUAAACACACAGCUCCCUCUCUGGGCAUUGUUUGAUAUAUACGGCAAUACACUGGCGGUGGAAUUCGCAAAUCCAGAGCCAGUACGUCUAAACAACAUGGUGAUGUCUCCAACAAGCUCGUCAAGUUCUUCAGUCAGUGUAAACAGAGACCUUGCUUCAUCUUUGUCAUCGUUAUCAAUAAACAGUGCUCCUAAUACAGAGACACCUGCAGGCUUUCCAGCAGUACGUUACUAUGCAAAUUUGACUUUUACACCACUAAAGUGGCAUAUGCUCACUGGUAAAAAUGUCCAGUUAUCAGCUGAUCGUAUUGUGGCCACCCGCUCUCAGGACGAAUACUGUAAUGGCUAUGUAUUCUCAUCGCGGCCAUUGAAGUGUGGGGAGAAAAUAGUGAUACAGGUUCUGGGUGUGGACAGGUCCUAUGUUGGCGGACUCGGUGUCGGUUUGACGGCAUGUAAUCCAUCAAGAGUACAGCUUGACGACCUACCCGACGAUUCCGACCUGUUACUGGACCGACCCGAGUACUGGGUCGUAAAUAAAGAUGUGUGCAGAAGUCCAGAUGUGGGAGAUGAACUGUGUUUUCACUUAUCAAAUGAAGGAGAGCUGAAGUACUCUCGUAACAACCAGCGAGUUAGCACCCUACUUCAUGUAGACAGAACCUUGCCACUUUGGAUCUUCUUUGAUGUCUACGGAAACGUCCAGAAAAUACGCCCUUUGGGAACUACUGUCCACUUACCGCCUGUGCCACCCCGUCCCCGAUCCACCUCUUACCUAGGGGCUCAGAACUCCCUUACCGUCAUGUUACCUCCCAGGGAUCAACAACCACAAGCACAGAACCUGGCGAACAUGACCCACUCAAAUGUCGACCAAUCAGGAGUGCCAGCCAAUCAGAGUACACAGCCUCACAUGCUGCGAAGCUACAGCGUACCCGCAGCAACACUGGCUCAGAUGUCACCAGGACCGAUGGACAACGUCCAGAAACAACCUGUGUCAAUGCCUAAUACACCUAACGAUAAUGGCGACAGUGAGGUGCGCGAUGAAUGUACUGUGUGUUACGAGCGACAGGUGAAUGCAGCGCUCUACACGUGUGGACAUCUAUGCAUGUGCUUUGAAUGUGCAAUACAGGUGAAGCAGCGUAAAGGUGGCCUGUGUCCUAUAUGUCGACAGGAGAUUAAGGACGUCAUACGUAUCUAUAAAACAUGAUUUUGUCAUCAGACUAACCCCCCCCCCCCCCCCCAACCCUUCUACCUAGUCUUCAGUGUUCUCCAACUGAGUCCCAGUGUUCUCACAAUCAUCAUGCUUCAGCUUCUGUAGGAAACAAAAAGUCUCCUGAUGAAGGUUUCUUUAACUUGAAUAAGUGUUUUGGUGUAUUGAACAGGUGUUUGUAUAUCUAUUGAACAGGUGAUUUGACCUAUAAUUACAUUUUACCUGAAUCAUACUUUCGGCCAUACAUUAGGCCUUCGGAAACAAAUUAUUCUUAAAGUAAGUAAAUGUGUUCUCCUCUAAACUAGAUCAUUUUAGUGUUCCAUGUUAUUUACCAUUAUUGAGAUAUUUGUGAACGCUAAGUUUUAUCACAGGUUGGUGAUCAAAGUGCUUCAAUUUACAAAUUGAAAAUAUGUGUGGAUAUCUGAUAAGAUCAUCUUGAUGUUUAACAAAAUAACUGGUUUUAUAUUAAACCACACAUCGGUUUUUAUAAACGUUUUUAUUAUGAUAAUGGAAUACUUUCUACUAUGAAUAUUUUCACUUCCAUUUAUUUAGACAGUUCAUAUACCUAGAUAUGGUUGCUAACACCUGUACUGUAAAUAUAUAUCCUGAUACGGGAUACCUGUGGAUAAUGCGAGAGAUUUUAUCAUUUGUGUAACUGAUCAACAUUGAUUACCUCCCUUGGCUAUAAUCUGUGUAGGUUGCAGGCAUUUCAUUGUUAUUUUUUCAUUUAUUUAAUCAUUUUUUUUAUUAUUUAAUCUGUCUUGUUAUAAUUUAACAAAAUUUGAAACUUAAGUAAUUUGUCAUCUGUGAUAAUUUAACACAUUAAUCAUAUGUCAUACACUCACAGAGUAAUCUCCAGAUAUAUCAUGUACAUUAUUAUUCACUUUCCCACCUUUAUUCCCAUAUACAAUAUAUUCUUAUGCAACCUCAAAACCACUCACUGUCCUACUCCUCUCAUACACCCUCAAACCCACUCACUCUCCUACUCCCACACAUUCUCAUACACCCUCAAAACCACUCACUGUCCUACUCCCACACAUUCUCAUACACCCUCAAACACACUCACUGUCCUACUCCCACACAUUCUCAUACACCCUCAAACCCACUCACUGUCCUACUCCCACACAUUCUCAUACACCCUCAAACCCACUCACUGUCCUACACCCACACAUUCUCAUACACCCUCAAACCCACUCACUGUCCUACUCCCACACAUUCUCAUACACCCUCAAACCCACUCACUGUCCUUCUCCCACACAUUCUCAUACACCCUCAAACCCACUCACUGUCCUACUCCCACACAUUCUCAUACACCCUCAAACCCACUCACUCUCCUACUCCCACACAUUCUCAUACACCCUCAAACCCACUCACUGUCCUACUCCCACACAUUCUCAUACACCCUCAAACCCACUCACUGUCCUACUCCUACAC